AUGCGUCCUCCUCACGACCAGCCAACACACCUCCAACAAUCCCACCAUGAAGACCACGACAUAAUCCUCGCCCGAUUAGACAAUUACAUACGCGCCUACCGCACCCGCAACCCCGACGAAAUGAUGAAAUUCUACCACCCAGACAAACUCGUCUACUCAGACAUAACCGCCAACCGCCACAACAUGAGCCACGAAGAAGUAAAAGCAACAUACGCCGAAACUUUUACACACUUCCACGACCUGGAUAUUCAAACUCUGUCUCUGCAUGGCCAUCGCGAUUUCACGGCCUGGGAGUGGGAGAUUAGGUGUAGGCCGGGGGUGGAUGUUGAGACGGGGGGGAGGAUGGGGCGGGAGGAGGCGGGGUUGAAGAGGGUGGUGGGGUGUACAUUGAUGUGGUGGGAGGGGGAGAGAAUUAUAUAUUCACUACGUCGUACUACACCGCAUCCACUCCAAACACCCCCCACCAGCCAACUCAUCCCCCAACCCAAGAUACCAGUCCAAUACAACACCCAGAUUCGUACCAGCACGCAUCUAUUCAACCCAUACCCUACAACUCCCAACUCCCAACUGCCAACUGCCAACCACAACCACAACCACAACCAGCACAACCAGUAA